AGCAGCUGAUCGUAAUUUUUGAUUUUAUUGCGGUCGAUAUAAAACUUUUGGAAGUCCGUGAUAUUAAUUUAAAAAUGUCUCGUUUAAUUUUGCGUUCCUUGCGUAGUUCAGUUGGAGUUUUACGCAGUAACAAUCGUUUAUUUAACAUUUGCUUACUUCAAUCGCAAAAUUUGACAUCAUUUCAACAUUAUGGAGCGAUUCCUACAAAUAAGGCGCUGUUUGAUAAUAAGUCAUCGGUUCCACUUUAUCAAUUUUGUCGUAAUAUGUUUAUACAGACACAAGACACACCUAACCCUGACAGUCUAAAAUUUCUUCCCGGCACAGACGUUCUGGGAAAAGGUAAUACAUACGACUUUCCCAGUGUAUCUGCUGCGUAUUGUAGCCCCUUAGCUAAGCUUCUCUUUCGUAUCGACGGGGUGCGUGCUGUGUUCUUCGGUGCCGAUUUCAUAACAAUAUCUAAAGAAGAAGAAACGGAUUGGGCCAUUAUUAAGCCAGAAGUUUUUGCUGUAAUAAUGGACUUUUUUGCCAGCGGUUUACCAAUACUGAGCGAAGCUAAACCAAAUUCAGAUACACAAAUCGAAGAUGACGAUGACGAUGUGGUUAUGAUGAUUAAAGAACUUCUUGACAGUCGUAUCAGACCCACUGUGCAAGAAGAUGGAGGAGAUAUUAUAUAUAUGGGUUAUGAAGAUGGUGUAGUUAAGUUAAAGAUGCAGGGAUCAUGUUCUUCCUGUCCAAGCUCCAUUGUUACACUUAAAAAUGGCGUACAAAAUAUGUUGCAAUUCUACAUACCCGAAGUAGUGUCUGUUGAGCAAGUUUCUGAUAAAGUAGAUAAAUUCGCAGAAAAAGAAUUUGAAAAAUUCGAAAGCAAAAUCAAGUUGAAAGAACCUUCACCGACAAAUGAAACACAAGCUUAAUGUACUAAAUAUUAUUCAUUUAAUGUUGUUAAAUGUACCAAAUUCUACUCAGUAUAACGAGGUAUAUAAUGUAAGAAAAUUCAUACAUGAUAAGAUGUUACGUUGAUUUGAGUUAAUACAAAUACAUAAAAACAUAAACCUGUACAGACGUACUAAUAAUAUAAA